ACACUAUUUUCAAAAUGAGUGAAUAGAAAGGUUCUAAAUGCCAACGCCCUAUUCGUGGUCAUGAAGGUCCACAUGAGGAAUAUUGCACAUGUGUGAACACUUUGUCAGAAGAUUUCGAAAAACAACCCAUGGCUUCGAAUUCAGGUGAGAGUGAAACUGACCAGCCGUCAACUGCUGCUGCUAGUGAACCAGUCGAGAUAGAAAAGAAAAGAAAUGAGUUUUUCCAGUUCAUAUUAAGGGGUGACCAUAGUGGUCUAAGGGCAAUGUUUCCAGACCCAUCGCCGCAAAAUGAUCAAACCCAUGCAGAUGAGAAUGCCCCUCAACCGACAUGCGUUCGAUCUGGCAAACCGAAAACGUGCCGCAAUUUACCUUUUCUAGGCUCUAGCAGCAGAGUACACCCCGAAUCUCAAGGCGACAAGGUAAACAAAGGCACAGCAGAGAAUUUACUCUUUCAAUCGUAUCCAAGCACCAAAGAUAACUGUAUGAAAGGGACAUUGUUGGAGGGUGGCCUUCCGCUUAUCGUUGCCGCCUGUAACGUAGCCUUACCCGAGGAAACUCAGAAAGAAAUAAUCGACAUUUUAAUGGAAAAAGCAAACAACAUAUUUACCCCCGAAAAAAUAGAGGAUUUGUUCUCCCCAAAGAAAAAUAAGAAAGGUAAAAUGUGUUUCACGAACUGGUCCGUCUGUCUACCCAGCCCUGGGUGGAACUGCUUUUCACUGAGGAAAACCUGGAGAACUCACUUCUCAUUCCUAGGUCACCACUGAAAAACGAAAGUACUUUUAUGAUGAUGGAGGAACCAAAAUCUGCUAGACCAUUAUGUAUUGAUAGGAUAAAGGCGAUUAUGAAUCACAUUGUUAACAAAUCUUGUGAACUUUGGGAUAAAAAAGCGAAAAAAGAUGUUAUCCUUUUUCAGCCCAAUGACAAGGGAUACACUAUUUAGAACUGGCCGUAAAAGACGGGGCUGUGCAUUUAGCCUGCUAUCUGUUGGAUUUAGAAAACGUUCUUAAAGUACCUGCAAAUUCUGAAUGUCCUGACAAGCGCCUUGUGCAUCGAGAUUUCGUUUACAGACUGGCACCUUUGAAAGAAAUAACGGAGGAUCUUAAAGUAGUGCAAAGGUUUGAUGAACUAUUUGUCCGUAAAGAUGGCGCCUUGUCGCUGAUGGAGUGCAUCACCGUGAAUAAGGGGGCAAAAGCCAUGGAGUUUGUCAACAUCGUGCCACCUGAGCCAUGCUUUAGCCGAGCAAUGGAGUAGAUGUUUAAAAAUCCAUGUGAUCUGGGGACUUGUUCAUUUUCUAACAGCAGUAGCAUUGUCUGUGUGUGCUAGUUUCCGCCCCAGUAGAGCUGAGGUUGCUUAUAAGCCGGGCUGGGACUACGCGCGAGUGUCCACCGAAAUCGUGGUCGUGUUGUAUGUCUUGGUUCUUCUUUUCAUCGAACUAUAUGCUCUCGCCCAGAAGGGCGCGUUGGAAAAUUCUAUCAAGAUAAUCUGGAAAGCACGAUCAAAUGAGCGUUAUUCUGUCGUUUUUAUUUUAUACUCGAUUUUCACCAUUACAGCGACAGUUCUGCGUGUCGCUGCAUAUGCUUACGAAGAAAUAUUCUUGACUAUCGCCGUUAUUUUGAGUUGGUGGUCUUUCAUCCAUUUUCUAAGGCCUUUUAAGCGGUUAGCUUUUUAUACAGUAAUGAUACAAAAAGUAAUGUUCAAAGACAUAUUUCGCUUUUCUUUGCUUUUCUUGUUCCAGUUGGUAGGUUUCACGACAGCAUUCCAAGUAAUGUUUGAAGGUGUAGAAAAUCCUCCAGAAGAAUUUUCUUCUUUCGGGCAUAUCGUGUUUCACUUAUUUAAAGUAACUAUUGGCUUAGGUGAUGUAACUCUUAUGGAGGAGGUUAGUUAUCCAUGGUUUGGCGUUAUCCUCUUUGCCAUAUUUGUCUUGAUAAGCUAUCUACUGCUAUUUAAUAUGGUGAUUGCCAUGAUGUC